AUGGAAAUAAAGAAGGAGGAUCUGUCCAGGAAGAUGGGUCAUAUUAAGGAGCUGUGUAACAUGAUGGACCCAUUAACUGUCUUACAAGGACGGAAAUCAGACAGAGUUGACUAUUGUGAUACUGAGGAGGGAGAUAAUGAGGACAGAGAGAGAGAUGAUAAAAAGGUCCGUGCUGUAGGGGAUCUGGAUGUGGGUCUGAUCUCAGUGACCUUACACUCAGGAUUAGCUGGGAUUGUGACCGGAGUAAAGAGACAGAGCCAAGUACCGGCUAAUAUAUUACAGGGGGUAAACACAUCUUCAGACAUGUUACUGGAUGUAAACACGGCUUCAGACAUGUUACUGGGAAUAAACACGGCUUCAGACAUGUUACUGGAUGUAAACACGGCUGCUAAUAAUGUAACCGUAUCAGGUGAUAUGAAAACUGUAUCCUUGUCAGAAGUAAUCCAGAGUUGCCCAGAAACACCAGAGAGAUUUCAGUCUGAUCACGUUUUAAGCGCCAGGAGUUUCUCCUCAGGGCGACAUUACUGGGAAGUGGAGGGCAGUGAAUCAGGGGGAUGGACGGUAGGGAUGGCCUAUCCCAGUAUAGACAGGGAAGGAGGUCAGUCACGGAUUGGAUAUAAUAGCAAGUCUUGGGGUUUGGAGAGGUUGGGAAAUAUUCUGUAUAAUGCGAGGCAUGACAGUAAAAUAACAUUUCGGUUAUGUCACCGCCUUUCCAGCCGGAGAUUCGGGAUAUACCUGGACUACGAGGCCGGGCGGCUGUCAUUUUAUGAGCUGUGUGAACCCAUCAGACACUUACACACAUUCACUGCCACCUUCACUGAGCCGCUUCAUGCUUUAUUCUGUGUAUAUGAGAAUAAUACCUGGCUGAGGAUUUAA